UUCGGACACGAGAAAAAGGUCAACGCGCGGUGACGAUGGUGUGGUGGGCGCUCUUGCCGUGCCUUCUCGCGUUGUCCGUGCAGGCUUCCGCGUCAACACCGCGACUGGAUAACGUACGAUGGGACAUAUCUGCUGAGGGCUCCGUGUGCCCGUAUGAUCCAGUCGACGUGGCCGUGACGUGGACUGCAUGGUCGGAUCACGACACCUCACCGGCGCAUGUAGUCCUUGUCAGUGUCGGAGACGGCAUCGAGUUCGUCGUGGCAGACUCCCAAGUUCAGCUUAAACCCACCCAAGUAGUCCAUGAUGCAGUGUCUGUCUUUCAAGAUGACUCGAAUGUGCUGACGUGCGAAUUGGACGUGGCCUCGUGCACUCCAAAGGUAGUGACGCUGGUGUUACCAAAUCGUCCAGGCGGCGUCUUGAUGGCCGGAGACGUCCUCAAAGUUGAGUUUGACGGUGCAACAAACACGCCCCGCGUCGCGUCCAAGGCCGAUUUGGACGCUAUCUUGGAGUUCCCCAUCCACGUUGGAGACGACAUGGAAGGAACGUGGGUGACGAUGAGCAUAUUGCACAUUCGCAUUGCGUCGAUCUCAACCAACGUUUCGAUCGCCAACAUCACUCAAACCCCCACGGUGAGGACUCGUCCACAAGUACUGCGCCAGAGGACGUUCGAAAGCCCAAGCACCGCCUUCCGCAUCGCCGUCCCGGGGCUGUAUGCUUGGCGACUUGUCUUGGCGAACGGACUCACUCGAGUCGACAUGGAUUCUCCUCGCGUCAUGGUUUCCACCAACUGCGCACCUGCAAAGGUCGUUUCGAUCGUUGUGUCAGAGGACAUGGCAGACCCUCAACCCGCGCCGUCGUUUCAAGUUCGCGGCAUGGUGGCGCUAGAUGGCGUGCAUGCAUUGCACGUCCCAAACUCGUCUGUUCCCCGGACGUGGUCUUGGAGUUUGGUCUUUUGGGUGUACUUGAGCCAAGACGCUACCGGAACCCACCGCACGUUGUUCUACAAAGGCCCAGGGCACAACCAGCACCGGACACCGUCGGCGUGGCUCCAGCCCGACGACCGCCGCGUCAUCCUCCGCGUGAGCGCUGAAGACAACAUGGAUGUCGGCAUGACGAGCAAGACAGCGCUCCCGCUACACGAGUGGGUGCUUGUUGGCUUUGCGUUUCGGAAUCAUUCGGCCGACCGUAGCCAAACUGGUGGCAACAAAACCUUCGCGUAUGUCUACACGGUCAACGGCAACGUCGAUACCGAAAUGAACGUGCACAAUUCGGUCGUGCUGGACAACGACGGCGGGUUAUACCUCGGGGGCAACCCAUGGAUGGAUGGCAUGCGCGGCUUCAUGCAAAAUAUUCGUCUGUACACCACGGCGCUGACUGUGCACCAGAUCCAAACAAUGUUUCAGCAAGAGCAUGGCAAUCUGCUGUCGCUCAAGACAACAGCCGGUCAGCUGACCGCCCUCCUUCGGCAUCAAGCGAAUACAGUCGCGACGGCGCCCCCGUCCAAUGUUGCCACGUCACUCGUAAAUUCCAUGGAAGCGCACGACGAAGCCGCCGUCCUGGGCCAUCCAUCAUCGCUUUACCGCAUGGGAGAAGCGUAUCUGUACGGCACGGACGACUUGUACAAACCGAAUGCAACCCUCGCAGCGUGGUAUUUCAAACAAGCGCUCCAUGGAGGCGAGGCGGCUGCGGCAAAGCCUCUCGCGCUCAUUUACGCUACAGAUCCAUCGACGCUCGGUGAAGCUAUUGCACUGUUCCAUUAUGCCGCGAGUAUGGGCGAUGCCUCGUCCAACAUGAUUUUGGCCCGCCGGUACGAAAAAGGUGACGGCGUCGAGGCGGAUGGCGAGACGGCCGCCCAUUACUACUACAUUGCGGCUGUCGACGCCUCCAGGGCGUACCACACCCGUGGGAACCAACCCCUCCACGAGAUGAACUCAUUGUUUCAUGCAGACCAAGUCAAUGUAGCUGAGGGCCAAGAGGGUGAAAACGACAAGUGGAUUCAAUUUCAGAAGAUGCGCGCCGACCACGACCAGGACGUUGACGCGAUGGUGGCCAUGGGCGACUUGUACUAUUGGGGAGCGCGAGGGUGUGCUCGGGACCACCCGCUCGCGUUUGAGUACUUUGAGCGCGCGGCGACCCUUGGCAGCCCUAUUGGCAUGUCUGCGGCGGCAGGCAUGCUCUUGAAGGGAGAAGGUGUCGCCCAAGACAACGAAACGGCCAUUCGUUGGUAUGAGCAAGCCGCGAUGUCAAACAACGUCCGAGCCCUCAAUGGCCUCGGGUAUAUCCACUUUUACGGGACGGCCAACUGCACGCAAAACCAAUCGAAAGGUCUCGAGUUUUUCGAGCACGCUGCUGCCCAGCGCACGGACGGCGACAGUUUGUUCAACGCCGGCUACUGCCACUUUGUCGGUCUUGGUACACCCGCGAAUACCACGCGUGCGUUAGCGUACUUUCGCGACGCCGCGCACUCGUUCGGCCAUUUCGACUCGAUUUUCGAGCUCGGCAAGGUGGCACUAAACGUCGACGGAACAUUUGAACGGCAUGUCAGCGAAGCGAUCACGUAUCUACGGGCGGUGAGCGCGGCGGGGGACUGGGGCAAAGUCGCUCGACAAGGUUUCGAUGCGUAUCUCUCGGGUCAGCACCAUCAGGCGAUUUGGCUGUACCACGAAGCCAGGGAGUACGGCUACCCCGUGGCCGCGGGGAACCUCGCCUAUUUGUACGACGCGAUGGGACUGCCCAAUUCUGCCACGUAUUUGGCCGAAGCGACGGAAGUCGAGGCGUCGUUGCGGCUCGGCGACUGCUAUUACUAUGGCAAGUGCGGCGUCGGCCAGAAUGUCCACAUGGCGCUGAUUUGGUACAGUCGGGCGAGCGCCGACGGGCUCAGCGUGGGCGCUUACAAUGUUGGCUACAUGAACGAGUACGGCAUUGGCGGCAUUCCCGUCAACGGCGACAGGGCAACGCGGUAUUACAAGCGAGCACUGGAGCUAUCUCCGUCGUGGGAAACUUGGUUUGUGAUGACAGUAUCCAUCUAUCGCGUGCAGCUUCGAUCGCGGUACGGCCUCACCGCGUCGGCAACGACCUCGUCCAGCUUUGUGCCUGCCUCAACACCGCCAGCGAUCGACUGGAACAACGUCGGCUUGGGCGUCGUAGUGCUGGGUCUCGUCGGCAUGAUAUCGGUGCAAUUCCUGCGUCGGUAGCCUGAGUUAUAAAUGACGAUUAAGUUAGAUCUGCAACGACACAAAUUGCGGCUCCAAGGGAAUGGAGGGGUCCAGUCGGGCAGUGGGAUCGCGGUUCUGGAGUGUGGGGGUCGUGAUGGGUUUGAUGGUUGGUCGGACGUAGUCAAAGCCAGCAAACUCUUUGGCUAGAUGCAGCGAUGCCUCGAGCGACUUCUCGUCGUCGAGCGAGUGGGGCUGCUCUGUGAAUUGCGGAUCAAAGUUGUUGACCCAGUCAUCGCCGGCGGGUUUGGGCAGGAUCGGUGGCACAAGCUCCUUCUUUCGAACCUUAUCCCAGUCCGUUCCGCGGAACCAGGCGUGAUCGCGGACGUCGGCGAUGCCGUUAAUAUGACCGAGGCGUCGGGACGGAUCCUUCUCCAGUAGACUCGUGAGCAGGUCUUGAAACUCGGGCGAGAUGGACGAUGUGAAUUUCGGGCUUUGAAACAAGAUGCGCUGAUGCGUGUGCUUUUGCUUGGACUGGGGCAGGUAAAACGGCGGGUAGCCGGACCGCAGCUCAUACAGGAGGCACCCGAGCUGCCACAUGUCAACCUGGAGGCCGUGGCCUUGGAGCGUCCGGUUCACCAUUUCAGGGGGAAGGUAGGCGUCGGUACCGCACAUGGUCUUGGUUCGACCGUGCUUCGACUCGAGCCGCUUGGACAAGCCCAUGUCGGCGAGCUUGAUGUGGCCGUCGACGUCGAGCAAAACGUUCUCUGGUUUGAUGUCGCGGUGCAAAAUGUGCAUCGUGUGCAGAUGCGUCAGCGCGACGACAAUCUCGGACGCGUAAAACUUCACGACCGCUUCGGGGAACGACCCGCCGUGGUUUUGCAUGUGCAGGAACAGGUCACCACCCGGCAUGAACUUGGAGAUUAAAUACAGCGAUCGGCCACUCGACAGGGCGUAGUCGAGCCCGAGCACAAACGGAUGGUCGCCGAUCCACUCCAUCACCAUGCGCUCGGUGUGAAUUACCUUGUGCUUGACCUGGCCGGCUUUCAUUUCCUUGAUAGCAUACAGGUCGUUGCGCUUGUCCUUGGCAAGGAUUACGCGCCCGUAGUGGCCUUUUCCAAUCAGCUUGAGGGUUUCAAAGUCGCUCGGACGUGGCACGUCCCGUUGGACGUUGUUUGCAUGCGCAAUCAGCUUGGCGCGAUCUUUCUCGCUGUCAGCGGCAAACGUGACGCUACCGCGACCGUGCUCUGGCGUGAUCACAAACACGUUCCCCAAGUUGUCGUCGUCGACGAUCUUAAUGUUGCAAUGACGAAGGUUGAUGUACUUGUAAUGGCGAUCGUCCAGGGUGGCGGGAUUCGUCGGACUCGACAGUCCCGGUUGAUGAUCCUUGGAAGCACGGUAAUACACGAGAAACGUGGCCUUGAUCAUGACGCAGUACUUGCUCGAACUCCACACGGGAAAUAGAUUGCGUUUCUUGCGAAACAGGUUCAUGAACGUGGACGGGAGCGAGUUGAUGAAUGCUUUGGCCUCGUCGCUCACGUCAGCGUCGGUUUUGCGGAAUACAUUCAGCACCAUGACGAAGAAGCGGGGAGGUGCAGCCGGCCGCCAAUGACUCGUUAACAGCGAUACUAGAGACGAUCGGGAAAUGAACCGUCGGGACGAAUCGCGGCGACCGCUAGUGGUCGGCCGCAACGGGUUGGCUGCGAUGGAGUUGCUUCCAAGCAGC